UUUCUUUUUCUCUGUAGUGUUCAACACUUUGCAAUGCGACUGCUCACCCACAAUCUGCUGCAAUGCCAUGUCAAGGGCUGCAGCACCAACAACUACCCCCUGCGCGUCGAGGCGACCAACGUUGUCCACAAGGAGGCUGACUUCAACCCAGAAUUCAUCACUCACAUGCUGCAAAAGAUUGAAUGGAAUGCAUUGAGGACCACAGCUUCAGCGCUUGGCGUUGCGGAACUUCCAGAAAUCCUUCCCCUCUCCAUGGAAGGACAAGAGGAGCUGCUCAAGCAAAUCCACCUCGUUUUGAUGGAGACUCAUAUUAUGGACGGCAAGCUGGUUUGCCCUGGAUGCUCACACGAGUACCUUGUCACGCACGGCGUCGGCAACAUGUUGCUGAUUGAGGAUGAAGUGUAACUCGCCACUAAUGUCAAAAACACAACCAACAAAAAUGAAAGAUCACAACCCCCA